CUUUCAUUAUGACGUAGCGGUGUAGUUUGCGCCCGAGGAGGAAGAUUAUAAAUUUUUUUCUCUCCCUGCUACAUGCCGCACCUUUCUGCAGAUUUCAGAGGUGCCAGGGAGUGGUAAGUCAACAUGAGUUCACUGAAGAGGGGAACCCGGAAGGGUCUACAUGUGGACCAAUCAGAGCUGUUGUGCAAGAAUGGAUGUGGUUACUAUGGCAACCCGUCCUGGCAGGGGUACUGCUCCAAGUGUUACCGCGACAUCGUGCAGAAGUCGCGGCAGCGUCAGAUCGAGAGCGACCACGAGUACGCCAAGCGGCUUCAGCAGCAGUACGCCGCCGAGAACCGCGGGAGCCCUGGUGCCAGCGGAGGCUCAGGUAGCGGACGUGAGCUGUCGUUCUCCAAGUUUGAGGAGAAAAAGACUCAGCACACUGGAUCAAAAACUCGCACCGUAAAGAAACUGUUUAAAAGCAAAUCCUCCAGCACUGUGAAGGGGAGUCCAAGCCAGGAAGGGAAACUCACUCCACAGGCGUCGCCAAAAGAGCCCGUACUCAGCCCUGAGAGCCAGAAAACUGUCAACGAGUUCAUAGAAGGGUUACGGAUCGUCCGCAGCAGGGCGUUCGCUCAGGAGUUGUACAAGUCUGCCCAGCACUUCAUCCACCGCAUGCAGAACUCCGCCUACCUUCCCAUCGAGGAACAGUCGGAGAUGGUGCACGAUUUCUACAACAGCAUGAGUGAGCGGCUACAGAAGCACCCCACGGCUGGAGGGCUGACAGCGGAACAGCAGGCACAGCUGCUGGACGGGGUGGAGAAACACAUCACCACCAGGCUGCACCAGCUGCUCUUCUGCCCUUCCAUAACAGAUGAUGAGCAGAGAGACCUCAAACUCCAGGACCGCAUCCGCUCCCUCAACUGGGUCACGCCGCAGAUGCUGGACACGGGGAUCAAGGAAGACGACGCCCAGGUGCAGGGGCUGACAGACCAGGCCAUCGCUGCCAUCAUCGAGGUGGGAUCCCAGCGGUCUCCCCAGGAGAAACUCAGCUGCCUGGUCAGGUGUUGCCAGCACAUCUUUGAGCUGCUCCGCGUGUCCCACGAUGCUCCCGCCAGCGCAGACGAGUUCCUACCGGCUCUAAUUUACAUCACCCUACGAGCCAACCCACCCCUUCUUCACUCCAACGUACAGUACAUCACUCGGUUUGCUAACCCUAGUAGGCUGAUGGCGGGAGAGGCCGGGUACUACUUUACCAACCUGUGCUGUGCCGUUGCCUUCCUGGAGAGUCUAGACGCUCAGGCCCUGUCUCUGAGCCAGGAGGACUUUGAUAGAUACAUGUCGGGAGAAGCCGUCCCUCCCAAACCUCAACAGAACGACCAGGCGGAUGGAUACACAUGUGAGGGCCUCAUCCUCAUGCAGGAAAACAUCAAGGGCCUGAAAGAACUGAACGCAAAACACGACAAACUCAUGGAGGAUGCCAAACAGCUGCAGCAGGAGAUGCAGGGUUUUCGGGACGGUGUGAUCAAGCAGAUUCAGGACGUGCUUGCCCGUACUCCCCUGGACAUCAAGCCCCGCCAGCCGUUACAGUUAGCGGGCACACCCGACUCACCUAACCAACAGGACCUACUUCUGAGCCCCUCUACUGUCGGAUAUCCACAAGCCGGCGCUGGGCUGCAGGCUGUUACACUGGACACAGAAAACGAAGACAACUUAAACCUGCCACCCCCGCUAGUACCACAGGUGGUAUCUACCCAGGCAGCUGAUAGCAGUGGGCCCUAAGUUUGUGGAACAGUACAGGGAAUUUUUUGUUGUUGUUGGCCACAGGAAUGACAAGCCUAAUGACAUUUAUUUUUGUCUCAUGUAUUGUAAACAGUCGCGCAUAGUGCAGACUUGUUUUAAUAAUACAAUGUAAAUCCCAAGGAAUAUGUCAAUCAUGUCAAUGGUUCUUCUGUUGAACCUUGUAAUGUGCUCAUGUACAGUAUUUACGUAAUGUCCCAUUCAGUGUUAUUCUGGUCUACGACUGCUUUAUCAAAAGGGAAGGAACUUUGUACAAGAUGUAAAUAUAGAGAAAAUCUACAGUAUUAGUCAUCCAUAUGCUACAGCUACUCAUUUCCAUUGCGGUAUUUAUCACUUCGUCGACCAAAUCAAGUACCGUAACUCUGUGAAAUACAUAUUUACACUAAAGCAAGUUAACAGAGAUUGGUGGAUUGAUACACACUAAUAAGUCAACUUCUUUUCAUCAUACAGAUGAUUUAGAAAAAUUAUAAGAAAAGAUGUAUAGUACCAACUACUGAGUACAAUACCUUCUUGAAAUAAGACACUGUCUUAUACCCUCUAAUUGUGUAGUAAAGACAUGCUGCAGUUAGACAGGUACAUGCUGUAGAUGUAAUUGAUAAUUGUAUGCUGCAGGUUACCCAGAACUAGGGACAAUUGACUUUGUAGACCAAAAAGAGCUAUAGAAAAUGCAAGAGCAAAAAUAUAGCACAAGCAUGAUAACGUGCAACAAAUACAUGUAUUAAGGGAUUUAUAAAAGCUGUAUCUGUGCUAACAGUGAAUAAACUUCAGAGUAGUUGUUACACACACACAUGAUGUUUGUUUUAUAUUGUGUGUAUUAUUUACACCAUGAGAGGUAUAGAGAAGUAUUCUAAGGACAAUUUAUUAGGUUAUUUAUUCAACAACCUUUGGGUUUUUGUGAUUUAUUCAACAGCCUU